AAGGCCGCCACUGAUUCUCGAACGUUUUUUGCUUGUUUGGUGGUUGUAGAGGAUGAUGAUGAUUUUAACGUGAUUCAGCCAACCCUCCUGCAACAGUUAAAAACCAUACUAGAUCAAUAUCCUGAUGAUGGGCAGAUACUGAAGGUAAUCUUUAUGUAGUUAAAAGUCUUGAAACAGAUCUGUCUCAACAAAUCUAUUCCUUUUGCCACGUAUUUGUCUACUCAGUCGUUCUGAUCUCAUGCCAUGCGCACAUUUCAGUUUUUUGUCACUCCCGGUAUUUAAGGAAGGGCGGAAAUCCGGUACCCACCUCCCCUCCCACCCCAUUUAUGUUUGCCGUUCAGGCCACGCAAGCACACAGCCGGAAAAUAUGAACUCCAAUCCGGUAUUUUUGCUUUCUUAGUUAAGCAGUUUUUAGCAUCAUCCCAUUUGACACUGUUUAGGGUCUGCAUAUAGUUGUCCGUAUUUGUUUUUGUUUUGUUUUUGUUCUUUUUUUGGAAGGAACUUAUCCAAAAUGCAGAGGAUGCGGGUGCAAGUCAAGUGAAAUUUCUGCAUGACAAACACAGUUAUGGAAAGGAAAAGCUGCACAGCCAAAAACUUGCCACCUUUCAGGCGAGUUUUGUCAAAGAGUUAGCUAAGAAUGAACAAUGCAGGGUUUCCAAUUCUCUGUAUAGAGAUAAGCAUCUUGGAUAUUUUUUUUUUAUUUUCAAUUACAAAGUACUUACUUACAAUACUUACUUACAAACAAUGUAUGGUACUUACGCUACUAAGAAAACUAUACUCUACUUACAAAACAAUACUUAUUUACAAUGUGAGAUACUUACGCUACUAACAAUACUAUAUACUCUACUUACAAUACAAAGCUUGCAAUACUUACUUACAAUGAGAUACUUACACCACUAACAGUGCUAUACUCCACGCUUUACAUGUAUACAAAAAAAAACACAGCUACUUGCACUACUUACAUUACGGAUUACAGACGCUACAAAAACCAGAAAAUAAAGAGGGCGGGGAAGUAUGGUAAAUUUUAGUUAACUGUAGCUCCAACUCAAAGGAGAAAAAAGAGAUUAAUCAUCUUGGGUAUUUACAUUUCUUUGAGAAAGGCUCGUCUCGAACCAAGUCGAUCAAGAGAUAUUCACAAGCAGGAGAAAGUUUAAAAGUUGCAAAACACAUUAAACCUUUCCACGGUUUUUACAAGUUUUUAUACAUACUAGUUAGCGAAUGCCCACUGACACUUCUGAAAAGAGCCCCUCAAAAUAAGGAAACUUGCCAAUUUUGAAGCAGCUACGUUAAAAGCGAGCGAAGGUAUUGCUCCAAAAAGUCACGAAAUUUUACAGACGUUUGUAUCAUCAUCCAUCCUUCUACCCAUCCAUCCAUCCAUUCGAUGGGCAAUACAAAAAAAGGCAAAAUAAAACAGUAUAGAAAUGUAGGCGCAUUCUUAUCCAGACAAAUCAAGAUGUUACGCGCAAAUACUUUUUACAGAAACUUUAGAGUGUCGUUACUAGACUGGGUACUGGUCAGCCCAGAGUUCUAUUCUCGCAAUGGACAAUGUUCAGGGUCUUAAAAUUACUGCGGGGUCUUAAGUUCUGACAUCUGAAAAUUUUUUGCCUUUCUUUUCUUCUGGGAUGACGACGAAAAAACGAAAGGAUCCGUCUCACAACACAGCUCAACGCGUUCACUCUGUCUGAGUCCAACCCUAGCUCUAAAGACCUCCGACCCGACAGUGUUCGUUAAGGGGUUGGGUGCGGAAGCACCUCGUGUGGGCAGUUAACGUUAACGCCUAUCCCGACUGGGCAGGUCUAUGUCCAGUUAAGGUACCUUUGUAGAAAUCUUGUUAGUAUCUUUCGUUCAAACUUGUAAUUGCUUCAUAACAGGGUCCAGCGCUUUAUGCGUACAAUAACGCCGAGUUUACCAAAGGCGACUGGAGGGGCAUCAGGAUGCUCUGUGACAGUAACAAAGUGAAAGAUCCCAUGAAAGUUGGUCGGUUUGGCCUUGGUUUCAAGUCAGUAUUUCACAUGACAGGUAGGUAUAUCGCAUAUAUGGGACAUACAAUUAGCACCAUUUAUAUCUGUGAUCGUCUGUAUCAAAUAUUAUAUUCAGCGUUUGUUUAUUCAGCUUGUUAUUUUUAGAAUUAUUGGCCAGGCAAAGAAUUAGAAAUAUGAUUUAUUUUUUUAUUACCCGAAAACAGGCUAAUUUUGAUAAUCGCCCACAACAAGAAUAGAAACAUAAUAAAAAUCCAAAAUUGCUGCAACAUUUCAACGACUUAAGGCAAACUAAUUGGCUAUCAGUUACAAAGGAUACCUUAACUCAUUAUAUGUGAUUAUAUGACCUUGCAUGGCUGUUUCCGGACGCGUGAAAGAUUAAGUAAAUCCUGUGUUGUUAUUUUCAUCGAGCCUCUUUUGCCUGUUAGGGAUUUUCCCUGCCAAAAAUACUUCUCUUGAGAAGAUAAUAAAUCCAUCACUCCAUCACUCGCCAGGUAUGUUCGGUCAAGAUGGCUUGACAUAGCCUCGUGCUUAUUUCUUGCCUUUUUAUUGGCCUUAACUUCACGAAAAGUUAUCUGCCAAUAUUCAGCAGCCAUGUUGACGUCACGUUUGGUCAAUAGCGCAUAUAUCUGAAGCAUGUUUCCUUGGCUUUUAGAUUUACCGAGUAUCCUCAGCAACACACGGAUAGGUUUCAUUGAUCCGCUGGAGCACUUGAGUGAUCACGAGUAUCGAAUAACUGGGUUCAGCUGGCUUUUAAAGGAGCAGGAAAAGAUGGAACAUAUACAAGAUCAGUUUCGUCCUUACAAAGAAAUAUUUGAUUGUAACGAUGAAGUCUUCUCUGAUGGAAAGUACGGUGGGACAUUGUUCCGUUUCCCUUUACGACAAACUCCAUCCAAAUUAUCAGGGACAUUGUACUCGGAGGAAAAAAUGGAGAGGUUGUUUGACAGUUUCUUUGCCGAUGCUCACCUUGUGCUUUUGUUUCUUCGAAAUCUGGAAUCCAUUGAGCUUUACACACGAGAGAUUUCAGAAUUCAUGCCAAAAAGAAUCUUUCAAGCGAAAAUCACUGAAGAUAGCCUUGAGUUAGUUAGGAAGAAGAGGAAGGAGUUCUUUGACAAAAUCGAACUAGGUAAACACAUGCUUGAGCCUGUCACAGUGACGUAUCCAGUUACAAUUGAGAAGGUGGUUAUGGGCAUUGAAAACAACAUUCAACAGUUUUCCUUCCUUGUCACAAGCUACUGCUGCGGUAGCGACGUCUCAUCCGAAUUUGAGAGGCUCCUGACAGAUGAAGAACUUAGCUAUUUACCCUCCGUUGGCGUCGCUAUGGGGGUUCCCUCGACAGAAAACCUGCCAACGCCUGAUGUUGCUGGUCACGUGUUUUGCGCUUUGCCCUUGCCUGUGCAAAAGAAGAGUAUGACAGGUUUGCCUGUUCAUGUAAAUGGAUUUUUCGCCCUCACUCAGAACAGACGCCACAUCAAAACCCCAAACAAAGAUCAAGAUGACCGAAGCAAACUUACCGAAAAGUCGUUAUUGUGGAAUUGUUGUUUGAUGGAAGAGGCUCUUCCAAAAGCCUAUGUCACGAUGAUUAAGGAAGCCAUAAUCAACUUCAACAUGAAUCCAGAUGCAGUGUACAAGUAAGGUUAUUUUUUUACACUUUUAGUAUAAAGUUUCGUUCCAAACGCACCAUCUCACGAAAGACUUUGUUAUCGUUUUUAUCACAUUCUUAUCUUUUUUUCACAUUACCAGUCACCGUGUUUAUUGGUGUGGCCUGUGUAUUGGUUAACGGUGGGACCUCAUUUAUUUCGGAGUUAUUGUUAUAGGAAUUCUUUAACUUGCUCUUUUUUGCCUGGUAUGCGAAUAUAGGUAGCACAGUUAGUUUCUAAUAAACCAAAUAACACAAAAAUUUUGUUUUAUUAGGCUAGUUGAGAAAGUUAAUGGCUGGCUUUUCCAGCGCUGGCACUUCGUCAGAGUCAAAUUAAGGGAUUUAUGUCUAUAUAUCGAAUGGUAAAGCUACUCUCUCAACUGGAAAACGAUAAAAAAAACGGUGAUUGGAAUUUAAGGCGUUUUGAUUGAUUAAACGUAGACGUCAGAAAGAAAUCUCGUCACCGCUUAAAACAGUGGUCGUAAAGGUUUUACCCUGUUACAAACGAUACUUUUACAUCAUUUGUCUUUUAGAGCAUGGCCAGAUAAGGAAGUUAUUGAUCCGGCUUGGGAAAGGCUUCAGAAACCAUUUUUACAGCUGUUGCGUGGUGAAAGCUUCGUAUACUCUCCAGUCAGUGGAGGUCAGUGGCUUAAGGCGGAGGAGGCCAUUUUUGACACCCUCGACAAAAAUGACAGCGAACUUAAGCAGCUGCUCGUUACAAUUUUGCUUCAAGCCAAUCAAAAUGUCGCGUGCCUGCCCGAUCAUGUACUGGAGACUGUGACUGUCACGCAGGAGAUCACUCCCUCGCUGGUGCAAAAUGUGCUGAAAGAAUUCCCAACUUGCUAUAGGAGCCUUGAUCGAAUGCAAAAGUUGUUACUCUUGAAAUUUGUGCUGAAUGGCCAAUUUGAAGAACUCCUUGGUUUGGAGUUACUGCCUAAUGCCAAAAGAGGUUUUUCGUCAUUUUCAAAGAAGGGAGAAGCUAUUUUCAUUUGCUCACGUAAGCCUCCUCAGGAAAUUAGCCUUCUACCAGGCCUGGAACAUCGAUUUUUAGACCACGACAUUGAUGAGCACCUCUUUAAAAGCCUAGAAGCAGUUGAAAAGCAAGGU